CGUACGCAGCCGUGGCGUGCCUGCAAGCCAAAUAACAUGGAGUCCUCUGCCUGGCAUCUCCAAGGGAUCCCUGCAAAACACCCGAGCGCCGAUUAAAAAGAGCAAGUUCCUCCAUGGGAGCAGUCAAAGCUUCUUGCCAGCAUCGUCGCGGUGCGUAAAGCUUCAGCUCCGUCCUCAAAGUAUGACGAACGGUGCUUAAAGAGGCAGCCUUUCCCUGCGAUCCGCAAACCAGGCCGAUUUCAAAGGAGAGGAGGCUGCACGAUGUAGGCAGGCUGUUUACUAGUGGGACUCCAUACUGUUCUCUGGGGGGUGGGGGGGACCAUGGAGCCAGAAGGGGAACCCCUAACCCCAGGGACCAGCUAUGGGCCCGCACCCAUCGACUCAGCACAAAACCCCGUCACCCCAACUUUCCUCAACAGCACCUUAGAGUCUUCAUGUUCUCCAAAUCUGAGAGAUGGCCUGAUAUCUGCCAAAUGCUUGUGGGGCCUCACUGGGGAGGAGCGCUCCAAGCAGAGUGAGGGCCCCCAGUCCAGUGCAGACCAAGGGAGGAGCGCACAGAGGAGAUUCAAAUCCUCAGCCUUUCCUUCCUCCUUAAGCUGGGACUCUGACUCUGAGAAGGAAACACUAGAUGAGGAGGAGCUACAGAACUUUUCUAACCCUCACGGUCUGGCUGCUCACAGUCCAGGAUCUCCUUCUUCUGGACUAAGACUUGAUAGUGAAGAUGACGAAGUACCUGAUAAAAUGCAGCACUUCCAUAGUAAGACUGGCAUGUCUACACCCGCUGAGGGGCACAGUGAUAACAAUGAGAGCACAAAGACAGAGGAGCCAAAUACAUCCCAGCCUGGCCAAACAGAAUUAGCAGACAGCAAAUUCUGGAAUGUAUCUGAGGGAGCUGAGCCAUUCCUGUCUAAAGUAAAACCAAAGGAAGGUUGCCAAAUGGAGGAGGAGGAGGUGGUGCUGGACAACGGGGAGGGAGAAAAAAAGCCCAAGGGAAAGGAAACCAAGGAGCCUGAGAGAGAUGUGUACACCUUCCCCGGAGACUCAGACCAAGAGAGUCCCCCUCCUGCCCCCUGGGCUCAUUGCACAUUCAUUCAGCGGUGCAGAAAAAAGAGGGUCUUGCUCAGGCCCUUCUCAGGACUUGGCACCUUAAAGCGUACGUUGCCUGAGACUGCCAAAUUGGCAAGAUCUAGUCCUCAAAAAUCUGAAACAGUACAGCUAAAUCGAGGUGGAGGGGUUUAUGACUUUGAGGAGGUCAGCUUUGGAGAGGGAGGGGUGGAACCCAUAAAGUUCAGAGACAGAGGUGGGAGAAGAGACAAAGAAGGAGAAGAAAGUGGAGUGGAGACAGAUAAAGAGAUUUUCACGUGUGUCGAGUGUAGCAUUUAUUUUAAAAAGCAGGUCCAUCUGCAAGAACACAUGAUUGAGCACAAUCAGAGUGGCGCAGGGGGUGUCAGGCGGUUUGGAAAGGGCAGCCGCUUUCGGUGCACUGAGUGUGGAUGGAACCUGCCAAAUCGACUUGCACUUGCUGACCACCAUAGAAGGCACGAAGAGUCACGACUGAAGAUCCUGGAAGAAAUUGAGAAACUGAAUGAAAAUGGGAAAGCAAAAGAAUUUCAGACACUGGACAGCAAGGUGUUGAAAAAUAGAAGCAUAGACCCGACAGUUAUAGAAAAUACCGGCCCAGGCUCAGUACUGAGCAAGGUGGUAGACCCAGACACGGUCAAAUCUCCACCUCUAUCGCCAGUGUCAACACUGGAUACAGACCCAGGAGUCCUUGACCUAAAAACAUCCCCGCCAAAUUCAGUUCGAACCCCAACUCAGACCCGAGCUCUCUCUGCCUACCGUCGCCGCUUUAUCUGUACCAAGUGUAACUUCAGCACAAGAACAUCCCAGGCACUAGCUAAUCACUCCAAGACCCACACCAGGAAAAAGCCCACUCUCCAGUCAGAUUCUUCUUCCUCUGGCUCACCACUGAGUUUGGCAUCUACUUCCCUGACCUGUGGUCACUGUGGCUUCCUGACCUCAAGUGAAUCCAUACUGAUGGAACACCGGGCACUCGUUCAUCCAGGAGAGAUCGACGAGUCUGGACAGCGUUUAAAGGCUAGUAUGGGAGCAAGAAUUUUUAAACCCAACCUAGACCCUGAGUUCGUCUCUGAAUCCGGAUCUCAGCAUGAUGCAACUCAAGGCAAAAGCCAGCGAGCAGUUACUGCUUCUGAUGACAGCAGAACACCAGACGGCACUACAGCUCGGCCUGUGAGACAGGUGGUCUGUAACAGGAGAUUCAGCACAAGAGGCAAACCUUGGACUGAUCUGGCCAAGCUUGACACCACUGGGGAUGGUGAAAAGCUGCCUGAGAGUGAAGAGGAAGAGCAGGACCAAGAUCAGAAGUCAGAGUUUAAGACAGAGCUGUGUCGGGAAGAGGAAAGCUCAUCAGUGGAAGUCAGGCCUCAGACUAGAGCACAAUCCAACAUGGAUGAUGGCUCAUCGCUGCAGAGUGCUCCAUUACCGCUCCCCACCAAGAAGAGCGAAAAGGACGAUGACAAGAAGGAAGCGGAAAAAGACGGGAAGGUUUUCUUUCUGAGGAGGAGCACCAGGGUCGCUGCCGCUCCUGUAGAAAUUGACAGCGACGACGACGAAGACAUUGACGAGGAACGUGUGCGACGUUUCCUGUCAGAGGGCGUCCUGGAUGAAGACAAAGACGAGAUUGAUGAGGACACAGAGGCGCUGAAGAGCGUGGAGAGGAAAUGCCCCUACUGCCCCGAUCGAUUUCAUAAUGGAAUUGGGCUUGCCAAUCACGUGAGAGGCCACCUGAACCGUGUGGGCGUCAGUUACAACGUGCGUCACUUCAUAUCCCCGGAGGAAGUCAACGCGAUUGAGAAGAAGUUUUCUUAUCAGAAGAAGAAAAAAAAAGUUGCCAACUUUGACCCGGACACUUUCAGUGUGAUGCACUGCGAGUUCUGUAGUGCUGGCUUCGAUACCCGGGCUGGCCUGUCGAGCCACGCUCGGGCUCACCUCCGUGACUUCGGCAUCACUAACUGGGAUGUUACCAUCUCCCCGAUCCACAUCUUGAGGGAGCUGUUCUCCAGCAGGCCUGACCUCGUAAUCCCCACGGCUCCACCUCGGAGUUCUGGCUCUCCAGUGGAGGAAGACGAGGACGAUGAUGAAGACGAGAGAGACCUAGAGGAUGAAGGGGAGGGAAUUGUUAAAGUAAAGCUGGAGGAGGAGACAAGCGAAAGGACCCUGAGUGCUGCUGUUUCUGAUGUGCUGCCUUCAGCAUCUCCCCAAUCCUGGAAGAAGCGGGACGGAGCAGAAGAGUGUAAAGGCGAUGACGAGGAGGGAGCAGAGGAAGAAGAUGAGGAGGAGCUGCAGCAGCUAUCAGCCCUGGACGGUUUGAGCUCAAGCCCCGGGAAAACGGGGCUGCGCGGCGUGAACACGGACAGCCGCUCUCCUGGGGAGGAUGCAGACACCGCGGACAACAACUUGAAGUGUGAGGUGUGCGAAGCUCAGUUUGAGACCAAGCGCGGCCUCUCCAUCCAUGCCCGCUCUCACUUGCGCCAGCUGGGCAUCACCGUUUCAGACGGCAGCGGGACCUCCAUUGAGCUCCUCCGCCGGAUUGCCAAGGAGCGCAAAAUAAGCUCGUCUCUUCAGGAGCCACUCGUAGCUGAGAGCCCCUCCCCGUCCGUUGCCCCAAAAGAUGAGGACAUGGACUUAGACGAGAAACCCAUCCCUCUGUCCCUCUUGGCCAAAGCAGCGAAAGCAGUGCCGCUCUCGUCCUCCUCCACACCUUCUCCGGGCGCCUCUCCGGCUCCGGCUCACUCCGGCUCUCCUUCCUCGGUAGUGAAGAAAGCCCCCAUUUCCUCUCUACUACCUGUGUCUUCCCCCUUGCGCUCUCCUGAGCACAAGGCAGGGGGCAUGAAAAACUUGACCUCUAACCUCUCCGGCUCAGCAACCAUUGCAACAGCCAAACCCCUCUGGGCGCCAGAGGAGAAUGAUGCUCCUCUUAACCUCACACUGGAGGUUGACCCCAACAAAGACAUUGUUUGUCAGCUGUGCGGCGCCUGGUUUGAAACCCGGAAAGGCUUAUCCAGCCAUGCUCGAGCUCACCUGCGGCACUUUGGGGUGGAGUACUCGGAAUCCAAGGGGUCUCCCAUCAGCCUCCUGAACCGGCUCAUCGACACGGAUGACUUUAAGCACAAAGCCAGUGCAUUGCAGCUCGACAACCACACAGAGCCACGGAGCCUCGCCCCCACUACGCUCUCCUCCUCAAAGCCAUCCUUGCUGACACUCUCCUCCUCUUCCUCUUCAUCACUCCUCUACAAGGUGACCACGACCGGGAGUGGAUCAACAUCCAAAGCUACCUCUUCCUCUGCCUCAUCUAUACUUGGCCCACCUGCCAAGCGUCUCAAGUCCUCUUCCAUGCAGGUCUUCCGCCUCAGUAGUGGGGAACUUAUGGCCCUUCCACACAGUGAACCUCCAAAGGAGAUAGGCUGUGAAUUCUGUGGGGAAUAUUUUGAGAAUCGCAAAGGGCUGUCUAGCCACGCUCGCUCUCACCUGCGUCAGAUGGGCAUUACCGAGUGGUCCGUCAACGGCUCUCCGAUUGACACCCUGAGGGAGAUCAUCACGAGACGGGGCCUGCCUUGCGCCCUCCCGCUGAAACCUCUCAAAACCCCACCGCCAUCUUCUCCAGGACCGCCUCGUUCCCCCCUUUCGGUGUCCUCUUCUCCUUCAGCUACUCUCCUCAGUCGCCUGCCCUUCGCCUUCGCCCGCCCCUCCAGUCCUCAGCCCGCCGUGUCCAAGUCGAGCUCGGCUCCACCAACGCCUUCUAGCGGGCUGAUUCUCAAGCUGAAGCCUGAGCCGGUGCAGGUAGAGGUCACCACGCCUGGAGCUGUCGGGAGAUCUGGAGGGUUUUCAGCGGAGUCUCUCAACUCUAGCUGGAGGAGCUCUGACAGUGCGUUUCCUCUCAACUUAGCCAUGGCCCAUGAGGUGGAGCCUACGAGGGAUAUCCGUUGCGAGUUCUGCGGGGAAUAUUUUGAGAAUCGCAAAGGCCUUUCUAGCCACGCCCGCUCCCACCUGCGACAGAUGGGCAUCACAGAGUGGUCCGUCAAUGGUUCGCCCAUCGACACCCUGAGGGAGGUUAUGCACAAGAGAGGGGUGGGUGGCUCCUCGCAGUCAGACCAAGGAGUGAAGAAAGAGUCCAGCCACGGAGCGAACAGUCCCUCCUGGGAGAGCACAGGGGGCGCCAGCGGCUCCGAGGGUUUGGGCGCUUCGGGUUACCAGUCCUCCAAAUUCCGUAAAUCUCCUCUCAGCUUGCUGCAGUCAGGGUCAAGGCUCCAUAAGCAGGGUUUGGGGUCUGUGGGCCCAUCUGCUACCCCAUCUGCAGGGAAGUUUUUCAGGAUGUCCCCACUGGGGAAAAGGCCUCUGUCUGAGGAGGCCCAGUCAGUGGAGACUGCGCACUCAUCUCCACAUCAGCUUAAGACUUUCUCAUCCCUUCCACAUGAUUUCUCCUUCAAAAGAAAACCUUCCCCAGACAAGCAUGCACACCAGGAUCCCAGUUGUGAGCUGUGCGGCUUCUUCUUUGAGAACCGUAAGGCUUUAGCCAGCCACGCGCGAGCCCACCUGAGGCAGUUUGGUGUGACCGAGUGGUGUGUAAAUGGAUCCCCUAUCGAGACGCUUAGCGCUUGGAUGCGUAGCAGGCCGCAGAAGGUGUUGGAGAUGCACCGCAGCUACAUGCAGGGUAACCGCACCACCCUAAAGAAGAAGAGCAGCUCACUGCUCACUGCGGAUUCUGAUCAUAUCCUCCCCAUCUCAUCGCAGAAGGCUUCCUCUUCCUCCUCCUCUCAGUGGUCUUCUUCUUUGGCUGUCAGCCUGGUGCGUCCACUGAGCCACGAGGUCAGCCAGGGCUCUUCCAAGACUGCAGAGGAAGAAAUUGGUACCAACUUCCAGGGUGCUCCCAUCAGGGCUGGUCGCAGCAGUCCCAGUCUCUCGCGGCUCGGCAGCGGCCACCCGCUUCAAGCACAGGUGGCGCGCAGUGAGCUCAAUGUCCGCCUGCCUAGAGGUUUUGAGCGUCGGCCGUUGAAGCACCCAUCUUGCCCGGACGGAACAGAGAGGGAUAGCGGCCCUCCUAAGCCCCCGCGCACAGGCACCGUCCCCGCCCUGGUGCCCAAACCACCCUCCUACCCGCUGGUCAAAGUGGUGGGCAAGUUCUACACCCUGAAGUGCCGAUUCUGUGAGGUCGAGUUCCACGGUCCGCUGUCGGUGCAGGAGGACUGGAUCAGACACCUCCAGCAGCACAUUCUCAAGAUGAACUACAACAAGCCCGCUGCUGCCAAAGCAACAGCCACCGAACCACCUGCCCUAGCUGACGAUCCUGUGCCGCUCCAGGCCUCUGUCCCAGCCUCCACCUCUACCUCCAGAACCACCUCUACCGCACCGGCUCUCACUUCCACCUCAAACAGCAACACGACUCCCAAGAGCCGCUCCCCCUCGCCCACGGCCGAGUGCGCUCCUGCCAUCACUGCCACAGAGAUAGUUCAAGUCUCAGAGGAGCAGCCAACUCUAACUCCAACUCCUAUUCCUCUCCCCACCCAGACAGCUGGUGUUUAGGAGGAGCAUUCUCCCUCCCAAAGAGCCCUCUGAGCCCCAAGCACCUUUUGAAGCAGCUUUCUAGACUGUUACUAAGUCCCGUUGCCAUGAGAACGAAGCUCCACUGGCUUAUCUGCACACCAGGGAUGGGUGAUUACGGGAAAUGUCCAAGGUUAUAAGGAGAGAUGGACUAAUGUUUGUGUUUGCCUUGUUUAUAUUGAAUGUUCAGAUGUGGAUCAUUACUGUACCUCUCUCAUUCACUGGGCGAUUUAGGGUUUAAUAUAACCCUUUAUUAAACUUUAACACCUUGUCUACUACAACCUUCCCUCCAAUCUUCUACUUAUGAACAGCGCAUUAAAAGACCUGUGAGAUUUUGACCAUUGCUUACCAGGAUGUUGGUAGCUUUGACUUCUCACCCAAAGGUCCUGACUGAGAUUAAGCGACAGUUCUAAUCAUGCUAGUCUUGCGGUUCAGACUUUAAACAUGUGAUAACACUUAGUGUUAAUAAAGGCACUUUUAAUGUGGACACUCAGCACUUAAUGAUACAAUUUGAAUAGGUUAAUAUGAUAUAGGGAUGCACCGAUAUAUGGGCCUAACACUGAUAUUGGUUGAUAUUGGCCUUGUUGAACAAUAUCUGCUCAUUGGCAAAUAAGAUGGGAUUUACAGGAAUCGGUGGCCUGUUGUGAUUAAAGGGACACAGCAUGGGAAAACCAGACUAAAGUCACAAAAUUUUUAAAUUAAAAAUUCAAACUGUGCCUGAUCUUUGAAAUAUUGUGGUUUGAAAUGACCACAGGUAAAAGAUGGAAAACAUUGCCAGCAUCACCUAGGAGGCAAAUUUUUCUGGUUGACUGGCUCAGCUGUGGGGUUUUCCCCCAAGUGCAAUUUAUUUUCAGUUUAUCCAUCAGAAAAUGUUCAAUAAACUAAAUUUUUAGGCAUAGUUUGAAUAAAUAUUCCAGACAGUAAAGUUAAGGUAACAAAUAUUGGAAAUAUUGAAAAGUCAAUUAAUAAAUAUUUCUUUGUUCUCCUAGAACGGGGGUCUGCAACCAUUACUGUCAAGAGAGACAGCUUUGAGCAAUUUUUGUUCAAACCUAUUUGAGGAUUUUAAUGAAACCUAAAUUAAAAAUGAAAGACACGAGUGAAGUAUAAAUUAGCAUAUCAACAUUACCAGUAGGGUAAAUAAUUAAAAUCUUUAUCACGUGUGAGGUACCGGUGAUCAUCCUUACUUUAACUUUGCACUACAGUAAUUCCUUGUGUUGCAACAUUUAUAAAAAUUUUAGAACUACAAUGAAAAUUGAUUACUAUCGUUUUGCAUUGCCAACAAAAUGAAAUAAUUAUUAAGCACAGGAAAAAAAUUCAAUUAGCAUGUGUUUACUUGAAAUUAGACAUAAAGCUAUGCAGGCCACUGCUAGCGUUUUUGCAAAUGAAUCGCAUUAGAAACCUUUUUGAUAAUAAAGUAACAUCAACCAAACAGCUUUAAAAUUAGUACAAGUAAAAAUCCCCAUUUUAAAUUUAAUGUUGACUAAAAUCUAGUUUAGUAGGAGGCAGUGCUCCUUUUUCCCCCCUUCAGCUACAAUCAACCAUCUGAUCUACAAACAAUCACAUUGAUAUCCGCUAAUAAAUACAAAAUUUAAACUUGAGCUCACUGAUAUCAGCCAGUUGAGCCUGCUAUUUCCUGAUAGAUUUAUAAUAUAUCUAUAUUGUCCUUUAUAACAACCAGUAAAUUCAAAUUAAACUAAAGAUGAGGUGGGAGAAACACCCUUCAUGUUAUGAAUGUUAUGAGUGUUGCACAGUUUGGCCACCAGAGGGCACUCUGCAACUUCACUGUUGGCUACAAUGUAUAGAAUGCCACAAAAACAACAACCAGCUGAUGCGAUGAGUCAGGCAGGGCAAAGAAAUAAUUGCACAUUCUAACAAAUGUUAGACAAAUCUGCAUAUGUUUCGUGCGUCUGAAAGCACAAAAAUAUUUGAGUUUUUAAAGCACCAAAUAUCAGUACCGGUGUCAGUCUUAAAAAUCCUGUAUUGUUCAUGCGUCAAAUUUAAAAAAACGUGUCAUAGGAAGUGAGCAAAAGAACCACAGGUUUGCGACCCCUGUCCAAGAACAACAAAAACAUCAACAAAAUUAGAUAAAAUGUUACCUGUAAGGUCCCGGAGUCAGUGCAUCCCUAAUGCGGAUUGACAAAGACACAUUCCGACUGACUGAAGGAACAAAAAGUGGAAGCACACCCAAAAAGGGAAACUCUUUACUCUAUGAAGUAAUACUCUCCCCAAAAUACAUGUUUCGCUUGAAUGUAGCUUAAAGCACCUGUCAAAACCUUAAACGCACACAUUCAAACUCAAAUCAAACACAGGCCCUGUACUACAAAUCAGGUAACAGUUUUAUCUUUCACGAUGUUACCACUCCACAGCCUGCUGUUUUCAACAGACAGGGCUGCAGUUGCUUUUUAAUCUUGGAGACGUGAGGCCACAGUGUUCAAGGUUACACAUCUCCAUUCACAGUGUUGCCAUUUUCUACCUGCCUUUUUCAAUGUAACCCAAAUUAUUUAUUUAUUAUGUUGCUUCUGAAUGUGGUAAGCUAGGUCAUUUAAAAGCUAGAGUAUAACUUAGGAAUGUUUUUGAAAAUAGGCCGGCGGUGCGCUUUUAUGCCAGCGCGUUCGUUUGUAUGUCGGUGUACAUACAGAGCAAAUGUGCAUUUGUUUCCCCAUUUUAAAAGAGAAAGAGAGAGAGACAGACGUAAACGCGCUCGAUACAGAGACACCUCAUUAAGGUCAAAACGAACUAAAUGUGGGAGCCUGUCUGGACUUACAUGCAUCCAUCGUCUUGUUAGGAUGUGCCAAAGAGCCUGUUUACUUCCCUGUCUUGCCUCUGUAAAAGCUGUUUACAUUGGACCUGAUGGUGGAGGAAACUCUGCACAGCUACCGGGUUUCCCCAGGGCCCCCCACGCAGAACAAUGGACUGAACUAAUGGUGGAUCCCCCAGUUUUAAAGACUCUGGCUGCUGAAGCGGCUUCUCGUUUCCAUGGGGGUUAGAUUUUUCCAAUUAAACGUGAACACAAGCCAAACUUGAUUACAAAGCAGGGCUCUGGAGAACCGUCAGCCCUCAGUCCAAAUGCAGAAACGCAGUCAACUUCGGCCUCCUGAGGAUCGGAGGUCUGUAGUCUCUCUCAUAUCAACCUUGAACCGAAGCAGUAACUCAAAGGGUCCAUGUAGGCGGGCAACCUUUUAGAGUUUGUUCCAGUGUUGCCCAUGCUUGAAACAUGACUGUUUGAUCCAAACAAUACCCUUAACCCUUUUAUGGAGUAUAGAUGCAUACUAUAUACAGUAACUACAUGUACUUAAGAAACUGUUGAUGCUAGUAGAGCCGUCUGCAGUUCUAUUAGCGAGGUAGUUUAAAAAUUAAGUGAUCUUAAUUCCUCUAUUGUGAUUUGAUUUCAACAUUUGAUGCUAUGUAUUUUUUAUUGCUCUGUGCAUUUCUGUAUUUGCAGUCCUGCAAGGUGAAUCUUAGAUUAUUUUUUAUUUUAUCUGUUAGUCUCCCCAAGCUGAAACUUUUGGUGCUGGCGAGUGCGUUGUAGGUCGGGAGCUGGUUGAGUGACUGAACGCGAGGAAGACCUUUUAAUAUGAUUGUCACGUCCUGGUAUCAAAAGGACUCUAAUAAGCGGGCCUUAAAGGGGACCAUUUUGCAAGGUGAGAUAUAAUUCUUCCUGUCUGCAUUCACAGAGUAAUAGACACUGUUGCCUCCUGCAGGUUUGUGGCUGCACUGCUGCGUGAGGUGUGAAUUGGAGACCGGUGCAUUAUUAGUUCCCUUUUAAGAUCACCCGAUUAAGCCUCAGCUGGUGUAACUGGCUGUUUUGUGUGUGCGCAUGUGUGUGUGCGUGUGUGUGAGUGUGCGUGUGUGUGAAUGUUAAUAAAAAAAGAUAGAUGACGAUGUUAACUGAGAAGAAAAAGAUGCAGUCAAGAAAAGAACUGUACUGUACACGAAGGGUUAAGUUUUAAGUAAAUCAACUCCAGAACAAACAAUAAAUGUGAUUUCAGUUUCA